AUCAUCACUUCCUUGUGUUGUGGCGGCCAUAUUGAUAUGGGGGAUAGAUGACAAUUUCACCUUAGCCAAAGAGCUUCAUUUUUGUUAUUUUUGAAAGUUUUUCAAGGACACAUUCGAUAUAAAAUAAAAGGAUAUUGAUAUAUCACAACAACUGGACCCUUGUCGAUCCCGUGGAGGGCGUUGAAAGAGAUGAGCAACAACCUAAACAAGAGGGCCCCAACAACAGCGACACAGAGGUUAAAACAGGACUAUCUGCGCAUCAAGAAAGAUCCGGUCCCGUACAUCUGCGCAGAACCUCUCCCAUCCAAUAUUUUGGAAUGGCAUUAUCUAGUACGUGGUCCUGAGAAAACCCCAUAUGAAGGUGGGUUUUAUCACGGCAAACUCAUUUUUCCACGGGAAUUCCCCUUCAAACCUCCGAGUAUAUACAUGAUCACACCCAAUGGAAGAUUUAAAUGUAACACAAGGUUAUGUCUGUCCAUCACAGAUUUUCACCCUGAUACAUGGAACCCAGCAUGGUCCGUCUCCACCAUCUUAACCGGGCUCCUGAGCUUCAUGGUUGAGAAGGGCCCCACCCUCGGCAGUAUUGAAACCUCUGAUUUCACAAAAAGACAGCUGGCCUCUCAAAGCCUUGUGUUCAACAUCAAAGACAAAGUGUUUUGCGAACUGUUUCCAGAAGUUGUUGAAGAAAUCAAACAGAAGCAGCGCAUGCAGGAAGAGCUCAGGUCUCGUUCUCAAGCCCUGCCUCUCCCCGACGUGGUGCCCGAUGGCGAAGCCCACAAUGCGCAAAAUGGCCAUCUGCCCCUGAAUGGGCAUGUGGCCCCGGGAGCGGCCCACCCACCCGACCUACAGCAGGUCAAUCGUAACCAUGGACUCCUGGGUGGAGCGCUCGCCAACUUGUUUGUCAUCGUGGGCUUCGCCGCCUUCGCCUACACGGUCAAAUACGUUCUGCGGAGCAUCGCGCAGGAAUGAAUCGCCCCAUGAGAAAAUCUGGCAGGAGGGACGUGAGACUGGAGCUGUUCUCACGACCAAAAUAGGUAGCGCGAAAUCAGGUUUUCUCACAACCAAAUAAAAUGAAGAAGUCCCAUAAUGAAACUGAGAGCUUUGUGAUUUCCUCUUUAAGGAAGAAAACCACACCUUGUGUAACAGCCAGUCAAAGUCACGUCACACUAUGGCUUUAUUGAUAUUUAAGGAAAUUCAAUUUCUUUUUUACUGUACCCUGUUCCUUAGAAAAGCCAAUCCCGUGUGACCACAAAUUAAAUCCGAACAGGCAUUUUAAGCUUUGUCGGUUGAGUCAGCAUUUGUUAUUUUUUCAUAUUUCUCAUUGAUAUGUAAGAUUUUAAAAUUUGCGUGUAGGACGGCAAGCAACAUUUUAUGUGGAAGAUUAAAGCAAAAAAAAUGUAGUCCAAUCAUUCCUAAAGCUAAAACAAAUAUUACACUUCUGAUGUGUGCCGUGAAAUUUGUUACUUUGGCCGAUAACCCAGACUCUUUACUGGCGCAACUUCAUUUGUUCUUAAACGCAUUUGUGCUUGCUUGCACUACGGCAACCAUAACAACCAGUUAGGACAGGACAGAAAUGGCCUGAAAUGUAUUAUUUUUUGUCUGCGAUGCGGCGCUCCAAGUGUAUAUUAACUUUCUGUCGGAAGAUGAGUGUCAGCGAGAAGAAAAGCAUAUAGACUCAUUUUGUCAUGCCAUGUAACACUAUAAUUUAUGUUUUUUUGUGCAAUAUGUAGGAUUGUUGGCAAAAUUCGACUUUCAUGAUAUACAGCACUUCUUGUUAUUUUCAAGGGUUGUGAUUUAUGCAAUAAUUCUCAAUUGAAAUAAAUUUUCUUCUUAUAGGCAGGAGAAUAUGCAUUUGAGCUCAUUCGGUUCUUACUGUUCCCGUUGUACUGUUAAAACUUUGUGUUUCUAAGGAAAAUGUGAGUUACUUCCUCCAAAAUCAUUUUAUUCCACAAAUAAGAAUAAGUCAAAGUCUAGUUUGCUGUGAUCUACAUGCACUGCAGAACAUCUCUUUCUGAAUGGCACAGACGUGUCACCAUUCAUUCGGACUCGAGAGUAUGAAAGGUGACAUCACACCAGUAUGUUCUGGUCUUUUUGAUGAGUUCCCACAUGUCAAAAAUACUAGAAGUAAUGCUUUUUUCCAGCAUCUUCAUGGACACUUUUGCUCAAUAUCCUUUCCCUUAGAGGAGCGUGUAAUCUGAGAUAGUCAUGUUGUGUUUACAUUUUGAAUAAAUAAUAUUCUGUUAAAGAAA